AUGCAAGAACAGCAGCAGCAGCAGCAGGAACAGGAAGAGGAGCAACAACAACAAGAGCAACAGCAGCGCCCAAGUGUAUUGUCGUACUCUACAGGGUGGGUGGCGAAUGGUCUAUCGUGGAGCACUCGUGAAAACGCGCCAUUUCGCUUUGCAGUUUCGUCAUACAUACAAGAGUAUAAAAAUCACGUUGAUAUUGUGCAAAAGAAUGAAGAGGGAAAUUUAGUUUGUAGAGCAACAUGGGAGCACUGCUACCCGCCAACAAAGGUGAUGUUCGCCCCGCAGAAAGCCGCGACGGAUCUUAUCAUCACGACAGCGGACUACCUGCGUCUUUGGGAAGUGAAGGAGGGACCACCGGAGAAGAGCAGCGAUGAGAAACGCCGCGAGGUUGAUGAUCCGCGUAGAGUGCCGUCGAAAAGCGAUCAUAUCGACUCACACGUUGUGUUUAAGACCGUCUUUGACAGUGGGAAACAGCCCAAUGAAUUCUGCUUCCCUGUAACCUCCUGUGACUGGAACAGCGACGACCCUAACAUACUAGGCUGCUGUAGUGUCGACACAACAGUGACUAUUUGGGAAAUCGAAACCGGAAAGAAUACACGGCUUAUCGCCCACGACAAGGACGUCUAUGACAUUGCGUUUGCGAAAGGCACGCACACCUUCGCGAGCUGCGGCGCAGAUGGCUCCGUACGUGUGUUUGACCUGCGUGAAAUUGAGCAUUGCACGAUCCUGUACGAGUCAAGUUCCUUGUCCCCGCUGCUUCGGGUUGCGUGGGACAAGGUGGACCAGACUUAUCUCUAUACGUUUGGUGUGGAGGGGACAGAGGUAAUUGUAAUAGACAUCCGAUUCCCCGCGGUUCCACUUGGAGUUCUGCGUAAUAGUCGCACGCAGCCGUUCAACAGCGUCUGCUGGGCUCCGAACUCCGUGAUAAAUCUCUGCAGCGGUGGAGAGGACGGCACAGCUUGCAUCUGGGACCUUGGCGAGUUGCCCAACGUUGCGCCAAAAUGCAUCAUGAACUACAGAGGUGAUCACCCCAUCAACAAUAUUUCAUGGUCUUCACAGCAUGAGCAGUGGAUCGCCAUUACAACUGGGAAACAGGCGAAGUUACUGCAUGUGUAG